AAGAGAACGUCUUUUAAAAGCAAUUAGUUUCCCUGAUCCCUCAACCCACAAUAAAACUCGUUCAACAACCUUCAGUUGUAAAAAGAAAUCGGUUUCACGCAGCACUUUUUUGCAGCCCUCGUUCCAGUACGAGAAUAAAAACAAGAAAGGCCUCAGGGAAAAAUUCGACGUUGCGAAUAGAGAAAUCACGGAAUACUUGCCUCCACCCAAAUCAGGCAGAUAUAGGAGGCACCAGCUCGGAAACUCAAUAGGUCCACCAUGGAGCGCUACCUGAGCCGGCGCGAGAGUGGCUUCUCCAGCCAUGCGGGGGACGAGAACUUCGUUAUGCGGCGGAUAUACAGCUCGAUGAACAUGUUCAAUAGCUACCACGCCAACUGCAAGCCAACGGAGGCCGGACGAACCGGGGCCAUCUUCAACCUGGAGUUCAACGCCGAUGGCAACGUGCUGGUAGCCGCCACGGAGCGCAAGUGCGUCCUUGUCUUCGACGCCAUCACACAGAAGGAGAUCUUCAAGGUUCCGGACGCACACACCGACAGCGUGAACUGCAUCAAGUUCUUUGACGACCGACUCUUUGCCACAGGCUCCGAUGACUUCACGGUGGCCCUGUGGGACUUGCGCAACAUGAAGCAGAAGUUGCGCGUCCUGCACGGCCACUCCAACUGGGUGAAGAACAUCGAGUACUCCUCCAAGGACAAGCUACUCGUCAGCUCCGGCUUCGACGGCAGCAUCUUCACGUGGGACAUUAACUCGCACACGGAGCAGGGUCUGAUCUCGCAGCGCGUCUUCCACGCCAGCGGACUAAUGCGGUGUCGCAUAUCGCCCACAGGCGAUAAGCUGGUCCUCUGCACUAGCGGCGGCUACAUAAUGAUUAUUCAUCACCUCGACCUGACCACCCUGCACAAGGAUCUGUGCGGCUUCAGGCCUGGUAUCUACCGCCUUAUGCAGCUGGGCGAGCAGUACAUCCCACAGGCCGCCAAAUACGACCAUGUGUUCUCCAAACGUCAGAAAAAGAACCGCGUAGAGCUGGUCACCGACUUUCCCGAGCAGAAUGACGCCGAGAUGAUCAUGGCUCUGCAGAUCCACCCACACUGUCGCUGCAUGCUGACGCGCAACGUAAGCUGCGACGAGCAGAGCGAGUGGACCUGCAUCCACGACAUCAAUGAGGAGCCGAUGCCCAGCGAAGACGAUGGCGACGAAGAGGAGCCGCAGCCAAAGAAGAAGUGCACGCACUCUGCGGCAAGUAAUCGCAACAGCACUUCAAGGGAUUCCACUCCCGCGCCAGACCCAGAUACCGAUGGACUGCCACCCAGACAGCCACGAAGGGGGAUGCGGAUGGGAACUGUUCAGGUUUUCCACUUGGACAACGCUGGUUCGGGAAGACUGCCCGGAGGAGCAGCACCAGCCGCAGCCUCGCCACGACCAGAUACCUUUAUACCCGACAUAUGGGCGGCAGAAGUGACCGUUCAGGAGCGCGCUAUCCGCCAGAAUCGGGCACGAAACUCCAACAAUCAUGUCAGCGGCUACAACUUUGUGUACGCAAUCAGUAGUGGCGUGCUCCCGCUUCGGCCCUCGGUGGCCAGUCGUCUGAUGGUUAACAGCAGCAACCCACGCCAGCCGAGUACUCCGGCAGUUGCAGAGAGCUCCACAAGCAGUAACCUAAGCAGCAGCAGCUCAAGUAGCAGUAGUAGCAGUAGCAGUAGCAGCAGUAGUAGUAGUAGUAGUAGUAGUAGUAGCAACAGCGACACCAGGGUGCGACUGGAGAUUGGGCAUCGUCUGCGUCUGCGUCCGGUAAUCAGACAUGCGGCAGCAGCGACGGCCAAGGAGAACGCCCAUGCCAUACUGGUGAAUGCCAAGAAGUUGCUCUACUAUGCCGCCGAAACCAAUACAAAGCCGGGUUUCAUCAAAGAGCCGGGCUUCUCGGCGGAUGGUCGAAUCGUCUGCUCCCCGUACGGAAACGGUGUGCGCCUGCUGGGAUACAGUGCGGACUGCUGCGACUAUCCCAGAUCCCAGAUGUUUGAGGAGGUAAAGCGGCGUCCGCAAAAGCUUGUUGAGCUGGCCAAGAUCACCGAGCAUCAGGACGUAGUGCUGUGCGCCAAGUUCAGCCCGAGGGAACCAUUGCUUGUCACCGGUUGCAAUGGCGGUGAGGUGACCUGGUAUCGACCCAAUCUCUAGGCUCUUCCAUCGAGCUCUAGUGGUGACAAAUUGUAAAUUUUAUUUUCUAUUUAGGCAUACUUUGACUCAUACCAAGCAUUUCUUGGCGAAAUACAUGCAACGCGUAUAUGGUGAACCGAUUAA